CAAAAUCCUACCUAUGGCGAUCGCCGCUCUCCGUCGAAUUCCCCUCCCCUUCUCCCUCCUCUCCAAAUCCGUCGCCCGGACGUGCUCCUCUGCCGCCCCUUCCGCCUCCGCCAAGGUCGCCGACCGGAUCGUCAAGCUCUUUGCCAUCGAUCUCGACGGAAAGAAGCGCGAGGUGGUGGGACUCUCGGGCCAGACCCUCGUCCGCGCCCUGAUGAACUCCGGCCUCAUUGAACCGGCCUCCCACCGGCUGGAGGAGAUCGACGCCUGCUCCGCCGAGUGCGAGGUCCACAUCGCGCAGGAAUGGCUCGAAAAACUCCCGCCGCCAUCGUACGACGAGAAGUACGUGCUCACGAGGGCCUCCAGGAACCGGAUCCUCAACAAGCACGCAAGGCUCGGAUGCCAGGUCGUACUCGCGCCUGAGCUGCAAGGUAUGGUCGUCGCCAUCCCCGAGCCCAAGCCUUGGGAUAUCCCGUAAUGAGGGGAGAGGGGUUGGUGAUCCCUACAGCUAGGGCUCCAUUGUGAUGGAAAGUUGGGGUUUUUUUCUUGCAUUGGAUUCAGAAUAAUCAUAACUGCUACUUUUGUUACAGAUUCAUCUCCUUAUAUGCUUUUGUUAUCUGAAAACAACUGUGCUGAUGCUUUCAGUCGAGUGGCUUUUAUGGAAAUAUGGAUUUUUCCUCCCU